UUGGCAGACCAACCCAAAAUGAAGCAUCUAUCAAACACAAAGAAAGCCCCUAGCCAUGAAGGCCAUCCUCUUAGUAUCCCUAGCCUUUGCAGUUUUAUUCACAGUAGGGCAAUGCAGCAGAGGCACCUGCAAAGUUGAAGAGAAGGGCUCAACCCUGCAAGUCCUCCAUGUUUACAGCUCUUGCUCUCCUUUUAGGCCGUCUGGUUCAGUUUCAUGGGAGGAAAGCGUGGUCCAAAUGCAGAGCAAAGACGAGGCGAGGCUGGAGUACUUGGGCAGCCUCGCCGCCGGCCGCAAGUCCGCCGUGCCCAUUGCCUCCGGGCGGCAGAUGAUGCAGAGCCCCACCUACAUUGUGAGGGCCAAGAUUGGGACGCCGCCCCAGACCUUGCUUCUGGCCAUGGAUACUAGCAACGACGCCGCCUGGAUUCCCUGCACCGGCUGCGCCGGUUGCCCCGCCUCCGCCCACUUCUCGCCGGUCAAGUCCACCACUUUCAAGAACGUCAGCUGUGGAGCUCCUCAGUGUCAUCUGAUGCCAAAGUCUACGUGUGAAGGCGGCGCGUGUAGUUUCAACAUGAGUUACGGCGUUUCUACAAUAGCCGGAAACCUGUCCCAAGACACCGUGACACUGGGCACAGACGCCGUGCCGGGCUACACGUUCGGUUGCGUCCGGAGGGCCACCGGAAGCUCGAUGCCGCCGCAAGGUCUCCUGGGGCUCGGCCGUGGGCCCCUCUCGCUGCUGUCCCAAACCCAGAGCCUCUACAAGUCCACAUUCUCCUACUGCUUGCCCAGCUUCAAGUCCCCCAACUUCGCCGGAUCUCUCCGAUUGGGUCCCGCCGGCCAACCCCUAAGGAUCAAGUACACCCAGCUCCUCAAAAACCCCCGGAGAUCCUCCCUCUACUACGUCAACCUCGUCGGAAUCAAGGUCGGCCGGCGAGUCGUCGAUAUCCCUCCCAGCGCAUUGGCUUUCAACCCGGUCACCGGCUCCGGCACCGUCAUCGAUUCCGGAACGGUGUUCACGCGGCUGGUGGAGCCGGCGUACGUAGCCGUGAGAAACGAGUUCCGGCGGCGAAUGGGGCGGAACACGACGGUGACGUCACUAGGAGGGUUCGACACGUGCUACACGGUGCCGGUGACGGUGCCGACCAUAACUUUUAUGUUCCAGGGGAUGAACGUGACGCUGCCGCAAGACAACUUCUUGAUCCACAGCACGGCGGGGAGCACCACCUGCCUGGCCAUCGCCGCCGCGCCGGACAACCUCAACUCCGUCCUCAACGUCAUCGCCAACAUGCAGCAGCAGAACCACCGCAUCCUCUUCGACGUCCCCAAUUCAAGACUCGGCGUCGCCCGUGAACUUUGCAGCUAAACUGCUUUAAUUAAUUUUGCUAAUUCAGUCGUGAUCCAGAAUUUGGUGUUUUGGAUUGGAAAUCGGUGAGAUAAUAAGUAUUGGUGUUGGUGUUAGUGGGCAAGUUUAAUUAAUUUUAUUAAUUAUGUUGUGAUGAAGAAUUUGAUGUUUUGGAUCGGAGACAGAAUGAAGUGAGUAGGUACUAGGAAUAGGAUGUGGUUUUUGUGUCGUUGGAAAGAGGGAAAUGAAGGCAGGGGGCAUGGUGUGGGUCUUACGUUAUGAUGGUUUUGAAAUUUGUGGAGUUUUAAUUUGUGUGUCACGGGGUCGUCCGUCGUCGCAAAUGCUUCCAAAUAAUAAUAAAUUUUUACGUACAUUAUUGUCACGGGUUUACCUACCCGGCCUGCCUGCGUUUUGAGCUUUGAAA